AUGGGGGGAAUCGCUCAGCGUGAUGGUCCUCCUUCUGGUGCUGACGAGUUCCUGAAGCUCAUCUCAAACCCCUUCACCUCCAAGCUCAACUACAAUGCCUUCUGGGUCUCGCUGGGCACUUCUGUCGGCAUCACUGCCGGCCUGGCGCUCCUCUUCUCGCUCGUCCGGCCGCGGAACUCGGUCGUCUACGCUCCCAAGCUCAAGCAUGCAGACAAAGCCCAUGCGCCCCCGCCGCUGGGCAAGGGCAUCUUCGCCUGGAUAACGCCCAUCAUCAAGCUCAAGGAAGACGAGCUCGUCGACCGCAUGGGCAUGGAUGCCACCAUCUUCCUGCGUUUCACCCGCAUGUGCAGAAACAUGUUCUGCGUCAUGAGCAUCGUCGGCUGCCUCAUCAUGAUACCCGUCAACGUCCACUACAGCAACCGCUCCCUCGGCCAGGACAAGUCGCUCUUCGACUUCAUGACCCCCGAGUUGGUCUGGGGCGAGCCGCUCUGGUCGAAUAUUGCCUGCGCCUGGGCCUUCAACUUCAUCAUCAUGUACUUCCUCUGGCACAACUACCGGGCCAUCCACAGGCUGCGUAUCCGCUACUUCCAGAGCCCCGAGUACCAGAAGAGUCUGCACGCCAGGACGGUCAUGGUCACCCAUAUCCCGCAGAACUAUCGCACGGACGAAGGCCUGCUGCGGCUUACCGAUGAAGUCAACCCUACUGCCAGCAUCCCCAGAGCAUCCAUUGGCCGAAACAUGAGAGAGCUGCCGGGCCUGAUAAAGGAGCACGAUGCCAUGGUCAGGAAGCUCGAAGAAGUCCUCGCCAAAUACUUCAAGGACCCAGACAACCUGCCUCCAACCCGUCCAACUUGCAAGCCAUCAAAGAAGGACCAUAGUGGACACUCUGCCUCUGAACCAGUAGAUGCCAUUGACUAUUACACCGACAGAGUCAGACAGCUGGAAAUGGAAAUCAGACAUGUUCGGGAGUCCAUCGAUAAGCGAAACGCCAUGCCGUAUGGAUUUGCCAGCUGGGACACCAUCGAGGAUGCUCAUGCCGUUGCCUUUGCUGCUCGGAAUAAACACCCCCAUGGGACCACAAUCAGACUCGCUCCAAGACCCAACGACAUCAUCUGGGAUAACCUCGCCCUUACCAAGAGCAAUCUCAAGUGGAAACGCUUCAUGAACGCCAUUUGGUCGACUAUCCUGACCGUCAUCUGGAUCGUUCCAAACGCCAUGAUCGCCAUCUUCUUGACCAACUUGUCAAACCUCGGGAAGGUCUGGCCCGCCUUCCAGACCUCGCUGAACGGGAAUCCAAAGACAUGGGCCGCCGUCCAGGGUAUCGCUUCACCUGCAAUUCUCUCGUUGGUCUACAUUGUGCUUCCGAUCAUAUUCAGACGACUUGCAAUCAGGGCCGGCAAGAAAACCAAGACAGCCCGUGAAAGGCACGUUAUCCACAGUCUCUACGCCUUUUUCGUCUUCAACAACUUGGUCGUCUUCUCCCUCUUCUCCACCGUCUGGCAGUUGUUCGCGGUCAUCAUCGAUGCAAGCAAGAACGGAGAGGAUGCAUGGAAAGCCCUCCAGGCCAGAGGUACGUUUCAGAGCUUCGUCGUUGCUCUCAUCCACGUUGCGCCGUUCUGGGUCAAUUGGCUGCUGCAGAGGAACUUGGGUGCCGCCGUCGACUUGAUCCAGAUGAUCAACAUGGUCUGGAUCUUCUUUGCACGCAAGUUCUUCAGUCCCACUCCUCGCAAGUAUAUCGAAUGGACUGCUCCACCGCCGUUCGACUAUGCCAGCUACUACAACUACUUCCUCUUCUACGUCACCACCGCUCUCUGCUUUUCCACCCUGCAGCCCAUCGUCCUGCCCGUCACGGCCCUGUACUUUGGCGUCGACUCGUGGCUGAAGAAGUACCUCCUGCUCUACAUCUUCGUCACCAAGACCGAAUCUGGUGGGCGUUACUGGCGAGUCAUCUACAACCGCGUUGUCUUCGCCGUCAUCCUCUCCAACUUCGUCACCGGCCUCAUUGUCACCGCCCAAGGAUCCUGGACCAUGGUAUACUCCCUUGUCCCGCUUCCCCUCCUCAUGCUGGGAUUCAAAUGGUACUGCCGGGUCACCUUCGACAACAAAAUGCAGUACUACAACCGCGCUCUGGUCACCGAUCCCGAGGCCAUGGCAACCAGCAAAUCCUCCAAGAAGAUGGUUGAACGUCUCAGCUCUCGUUUCGGCCACCCUGCCCUCUACAAACCGCUUACCACCCCCAUGGUCCACGCAAAGGCAGCCGGUGCCCUGGAGAAAUUCUACCAGUCCCGUCAAGGCUUGGGCGCUGAAACCGGUGAAUACUCCGACAUCGCCAUGCACAGGAUGUCAUCCACCCGGCCCGGAAAGUCAGAGCACACCCGUGACAGACCCUUUGAAGUCGUCGCUGAAAACCAGCUUGACUUCUCCUACUUCAAGGAUCGGCCGGACUUCCGCGACGAGUUUGGCGGCGGCAUCUACGGCAGGCCAGACGACGUCUUUACUGAGCGCUCGCAUACCCCCAAGAGCUUCCUCAUGGGCACGGGGGAUUCUCCUAGCUCUUCGCGGGCAUCAUCGCCUACGCCAUCAACUUACAGCCAACAGGCUCGAGGCAGCAUGAGUUUCCCAGCCCAUGCUCAUAACCGAGUGCCGCAGCUUUCAGACCACCCGGCCUUCCAACCGAAUGAGCCUGAGGAGCCGUCGUUCUACACGGCUCCCAACGAAAGUGAACGCAGACUCCUAUCCCAUGCCCAAACCACACCCUUCAGACAUGACGCUGAGAUGUCAUCCAUCGACCGUUGGCAGUCCCAUACCUCAGAGGCCCGAGAACCCAGCCCAUCCGGCUUCACUCCGUACAGAGGCCACCGCUAA